AUGGCGAAACAAUAUGAUGAAGGCAUGCUAUCAGAUAUGUUGCCAAUAUACUAUUCAAGACACUUUCCACAGAGUUUGUUUUGUAGAUGGUUAUCAUGUGGAAAUUACCCACAGCCUCUUGCGAAUCGAGAAUUAUCAUUUACUCUAGCAGACGAUGUGUAUCUUCGUUAUUUAUCUAUAAGUAAUCAAAAAGAGUUACAAACACUUUUUCAAAAGAAAUGUCCGCACAAGUUAGAUAUAGGCCCUGUGUACAACAUAAAACCAUCAAUAGGACGUCACGAUGCUAUAGUACUGGCAAGAGAACUUGUUUUUGAUAUAGAUCUUACAGAUUAUGAUGAGAUAAGAACAUGUUGUCAAGAAGCUAACGUCUGUGAUAAAUGUUGGAGAUUUAUGGUUAUUGCUUGUGAAGUAAUUAACACAGCCUUAAAAGAAGACUUUGGUUUUCAAAACAUAUUAUGGGUGUUUUCUGGAAGACGUGGUAUUCAUUGCUGGGUAUCAGAUCAUGAUGCUAGAACUUUAGAUAGUCCUGGAAGAACUGCAGUUGCAGAUUAUUUGUGCCUUAUUACUGGUGGGGAUAAUCAAAAUAAGAAAGUAAAUUUGGUAGGUGAUAAUCUGCAUUCUAGCAUAAGGAGAAGUAUCAACAUAAUUGACAAAUAUUUUAAUAUCAUAGUACAGGAACAAGAGUUCUUUUCUACUAAAGAAGGGUUAAGCAAAUUGUUACGAGUAAUACCAGAUGAGACUUUACGAAAACAGACUGAGGAGACAUUGGACAAACUGGCUCCUUCAUCAUUAGAGAGAUGGGAGGCCUUUAUUCAAAUCUAUAAUCAAUUUUGCAAACAUAACAACGUGAGAAAAAUUAAGUAUCUUAUAGAAGAAAUUAAAAUACAGUAUUGCUAUCCAAGACUAGACGUCCAUGUUACAAAGGGAUUUAAUCACUUGCUUAAAUCACCAUUCAGUAUACAUCCGAAAACUGGAAAGGUCUCUGUUGUAUUUAAACCUGAGAACAUCAACAGUAUGAAACUGGACAGUGUCCCAACAAUUCAUACACUGCUUGAUGACAGUGCUAAGGAGAACACGCAACACGAAGCCAACAUGAGAACGGCAAUAAAAAGCUUUCAAGAAGUCGUGUUUUUAUUGGAAAAAACUGAAGCGCUUAGAAGAAAAACUGAAACAAGUAUAUCCCUUGACUUUUGA